AUGGCGGUGGAGCAGGUCGAGGGGGUGCUCCAAGAGCCGGCGGCCAAGGAGGAUUUGGAGGAGGUGGCGGCGGAUCAGGAUAUGGCGGUGGAGCAGGUCGAGGGGGUGCGCCAGAAGCCGGCGGCCAAGGAGGAUUUGGAGGUGGGCCUGGUGCUCCAGGAGGCGGCGGUGGGCAAGGAGGCGGCGGAGCAGCAGGAUAUGGCGGUGGAGCAGGUCGAGGGGGUGCUCCAGGUGCCGGCGGCCAAGGAGGAUUUGGAGGUGGAGCAGGAGCUCCAGGAGGCGGCGGUGGUCAAGGAGGCGGCGGAGCAGCAGGAUAUGGCGGUGGAGCAGGUCGAGGGGGUGCUCCAGGUGCCGGCGGCCAAGGAGGAUUUGGAGGUGGAGCAGGAGCUAUAA